CUUCGUCAUAAAUGCCCAUGGCCAUUCCCAAUGGCCACUGUUGCUAUGUUUUGAACCACAAUAAACAAAAACCCCAAACUCAUACUAUAAUUUUACAACCACAACCUAGGAAUUAAGUUGGAACUUGGAACUAAACCCAGAAGAGGAAAAGGGUCAAAUGGCCACUGACUCUAUUUUCUUUGGAAACGCAGUUCCUAGUUCACUUGCAACAAGAGGAAGAGUUGAGAAGCAAUGGCUUCAGCAUUUUUCAGUAAAGACAAAGCCUAUGUAUCCUAGGCUUUCAAAUGGCUAUAGAGCAAGAGCAGCUUUGGGUGCUAAUUUAAAAGCAGUUGAAAUUCCCCGUCAGUGGUACAAUCUGAUUGCAGAUCUUCCAGUGAAACCUCCUCCUUAUUUGCAUCCUAAGACUUUGGAACCAAUCAAACCUGAAGAUUUAUCUGCUUUGUUUCCUGAUGAGCUGAUUAAGCAGGAGGCAAGCACUGAGAAGUUUAUAGACAUUCCAGAUGAAGUUCUUGAUGUUUACAGUCUAUGGCGCCCAACCCCUCUGAUCAGAGCCAAGAGGUUGGAAAAGCUUCUCGACACACCAGCCAGAAUUUACUACAAGUACGAAGGUAACAGCCCUGCUGGAUCACACAAGCCCAACACUGCAAUCCCACAAGUCUGGUAUAAUGCUCAGCAAGGUAUUAAGAAUGUUGUGACAGAAACUGGUGCUGGUCAAUGGGGAAGUUCACUGGCCUUUGCAUGUAGCUUAUUUGGACUUGGAUGUGAGGUGUGGCAAGUCCGUGCUUCUUAUGAUCAGAAACCAUAUCGAAGAUUAAUGAUGCAAACCUGGGGUGCAAAAGUACACCCAUCUCCAUCUAACAUUACUGAGGCUGGUAGGAAAAUUCUUCAAAUGGAUCCAUCAAGCCCAGGAAGUCUAGGAAUAGCUAUUUCAGAAGCUGUUGAGGUUGCAGCUACAAAUGCUGAUACCAAGUAUUGUCUGGGGAGUGUUCUAAAUCAUGUUUUGCUCCACCAGACUGUUAUUGGUGAGGAGUGUCUAAAACAAAUGGAAGCUAUAGGUGAAACCCCAGAUUUGAUCAUAGGAUGUACAGGUGGUGGGUCUAAUUUUGCAGGGCUCAGUUUUCCAUUUAUCCGAGAGAAGCUCAAUGGGAAAAUCAACCCUAUUAUAAGAGCAGUUGAACCGACAGCAUGUCCUUCAUUGACCAGAGGUGUGUAUGCAUAUGACUAUGGUGAUACGGCAGGAAUGACUCCAUUGAUGAAGAUGCAUACUCUUGGGCAUGACUUCAUUCCAGACCCAAUUCAUGCUGGGGGAUUGCGUUACCAUGGCAUGGCACCAUUGAUUUCACAUGUCUAUGAAUUGGGUUAUAUGGAAGCAAUUGCAAUUCCACAGACAGAAUGCUUUCAAGGUGCCAUACAAUUCGCUAGGUCAGAAGGGUUGAUACCAGCCCCGGAGCCAACUCAUGCAAUAGCUGCCACCAUUAGGGAAGCUCUUCGUUGUAGAGAGACUGGAGAAUCAAAGGUUAUUCUCACAGCAAUGUGUGGACAUGGCCAUUUUGACCUGCCAUCGUAUGAUAAGUAUUUGCAAGGAAAUAUGGUUGACCUUUUAUUUUCAGAGGAGAAGAUACAAGCAUCACUGGCCAAUGUUCCUCAAGUGUUGGCCUGAGGUUAUGCCAAUGAGCACAAUGCUGCGUUCUAUAUACUUCAGCUAGCAAGGAAUGCAUUUUACGUUGUUCGAUGUCAAAUAAUGAUGACCGGUUUGGAAUCUUGGAACUGGAGUUUUGGAUGAUGCAAGAAAUAACAUAAAAGUCAGCUGCCUGAACCGGAGACAGAGUUGUAAAUGUCAAGAAAGACAACUUUGGCAGAAAGUUGAGGCAAAUAGAAUGGUUAUUCAGGAACAGAUAGAUUCAUCACAGAGAGAGUUCUGAUCUAUGAUUCUGGUUUUUGACAGUCUAUGGUUGUCUUUGGGUUUCUAAGAUUUUUGUAAGCUUAUUACAUAAAUUUUUUAUAUGAUCACAGCAUCGUCCCCCUUCAUGUGGUCCAAAAGAAAAGAAGAGUUAAGCACUCAUAUGUUUUGGUUCUUAUUUGUAAUAACAUCAAUCUUGAAUUUAAUUAGUGAACGACCUUAAAUUUUGAAAA